AGACGGCGACCGCUUGCCCAACCCGAGGCUCGGGAGGUGGCUGGGGAGUGAAUUUUCUGGAAGGCGACUUUAAAGGCGCCGGGACGGAGCGAAGGGCGUUUGGGUGCCGCCGUCGCCGCCGCCCAGGCUGGGGAGGGUUACGUUAGUGUCAGGAAGCGGGCUGCGCCGAGAUCGUAGUGGAACCAGCUGGCGACCCCGCAGAAUGAACCACAAGAGCAAGAAGCGCAUCCGCGAGGCCAAGCGGAGUGCGCGGCCGGAGCUCAAGGACUCGCUGGAUUGGACCCGGCACAACUACUACGAGAGCUUCUCGCUGAGCCCAGCGGCCGUGGCGGAUAACGUGGAAAGGGCAGAUGCUUUACAGCUGUCUGUGGAAGAAUUUGUGGAGCGGUAUGAAAGACCUUACAAGCCCGUGGUUUUGUUGAAUGCCCAAGAGGGCUGGUCUGCGCAGGAGAAAUGGACUCUGGAGCGCCUAAAAAGGAAAUAUCGGAACCAGAAGUUCAAGUGUGGUGAGGAUAACGAUGGCUACUCAGUAAAGAUGAAGAUGAAAUACUACAUCGAGUACAUGGAGAGCACUCGAGAUGACAGUCCCCUUUACAUCUUUGACAGCAGCUAUGGUGAACACCCUAAAAGAAGGAAACUUUUGGAAGACUACAAGGUGCCCAAGUUUUUCACUGAUGACCUUUUCCAGUAUGCUGGGGAGAAGCGCAGGCCCCCUUACAGGUGGUUUGUGAUGGGGCCACCACGCUCUGGAACUGGGAUUCACAUCGACCCUCUGGGAACCAGUGCCUGGAAUGCCUUAGUUCAGGGCCACAAGCGCUGGUGCCUGUUUCCUACUAGCACUCCCAGGGAACUCAUCAAGGUGACCCGAGAAGAAGGAGGGAACCAGCAAGACGAAGCUAUUACCUGGUUUAAUGUUAUUUAUCCCCGGACACAGCUUCCAACCUGGCCACCUGAAUUCAAACCCCUGGAAAUCUUACAAAAACCAGGAGAGACUGUCUUUGUACCAGGAGGCUGGUGGCAUGUUGUCCUCAAUCUCGACACCACUAUCGCCAUCACCCAAAAUUUUGCCAGCAGCACCAACUUCCCUGUGGUAUGGCACAAGACGGUAAGAGGGAGACCAAAGUUAUCAAGGAAAUGGUAUAGGAUCUUGAAGCAAGAGCACCCCGAGUUGGCAGUGCUGGCAGACUCGGUUGACCUUCAGGAGUCCACAGGGAUAGCUUCCGACAGCUCCAGUGACUCCUCCAGCUCCUCCAGCUCCAGUUCGUCAGACUCCGACUCCGAGUGCGAGUCUGGAUCCGAGGGCGAUGGGACAGUGCACCGCAGGAAGAAGAGGAGGACAUGCAGCAUGGUGGGAAACGGGGACACCACCUCCCAGGACGACUGUGUCAGCAAAGAGCGCAGCUCCUCCAGGAUUAGGGACACUUGUGGAGGCCGGGCUCACCCCUGAGCAGAUAAAGAGACUCUCCCUGAGGUGCUUUCAGCGUAAGCUUUUGGCAGCCACCCAACUCAGUUCUCGUGUCUUCUGCUCCUACCUUCUCCUCUGUCUUCUUUGAAUUUGGAUAUUCCUUCCCUGGUCCAAGCUCCUAUCUUCAGUCAAAUGCUGUUUUUACUGCUUCCUAAGGAUAGAUUAUCAAGAAGUUUAACAGCUCGGCCAGCUCAGUGAAACACUGAAGCUAAUGGGAUGUUGGGUAAGAAGGUUCUGUGCCGUCUCAUUGAAAACCGAGCCGGUCAACCACAAGGCUGGCGGGGUGUGAUCCUUGUAAUGUCUUGUGUCUUUUACCUCACGGAUGUCGGUAAGGAGCUUCCACAGAGCCAGCUGUGUACCACAGAGACAGAGUGGUGAGUGGACUUUGUGAGCCAAUUAUGUGUCUGAAGGACUUGGAGUCCGCCCUCCUUCCAGUAUGUCACCGUCAGCCCACAAAUGCAUUCAGUGGCAGUGACCCAGCACCAUCACCCACUGCUCAGUCUGUCUUAGGAUUCCUUAUCUUUUUCUCCAUCAUCAUAGAGACUGUGAAAUUUCAGGGGUGUUUUUGUACAGUGUAUUUUUUUUGGGGGGGUGAUACAUUGGGGUUUUUUGUUUGCAAAGAGUGGGAACGGUGUGCAAUGUGCUCUUACCACAGAACUUAAAGUAUAAAUAGGCUCCAUUCUUCCCCACCACGGGGUCCAUAAGAAGCACUCACUUUGCGAGGUACUCUGAGAUUAGCAUUCCCCAUUUGUUUGACCUACAGACGUUAAGUGAGUGACUUGUGUUACACACGGGGAGUAAAUUCAGAGAUGGCACCUCUAGUCUUUGCAAUCUGUUGAUACUUCUAAAUAACUAAUUGGAUGACUUUUUGGGGAUUGACCAGCAGAUGCCAUCUCUUGCCCUCUUGAUUAACCUGCUUGCCUUAAUUUGUCCCUAAAUUCAACUAAACUUAAAUAAGAGGGGUUGUCAAGGCCAUGGUGCCCACUUGGAAGCACUGCCUGGGCUGGAGCGUUGGAGGCAUUGGCAGGCAGGUGGGAAGGAGCUCUCGCUGCAGUGUUCACAGGCAGGGAGGCUGUGUGUGGAUGCAUUAGAAUUGUGUGCUGUUGCCUCUCAAAAUAUCCACUAGAAACAGGUGUAACCAGGAAAAUACAGGUCUCCGCUCACUGUUAUUAACAGACUGUCAUUUCCUGACCUUGGGUCAUGUGGCUUUACUCUAGGAGGCUGGUUCUCUAUUUUUGUCUUAGUUCAAUUUUCUGCAUCCUAAAAUGCCAACACCAGUAUGUGGCUGGGUAGGUGGAACUGUGCUGCCUGCCUGCCUGCCAUGGGGGCGGCUCUCCCUCCUUACCCCACGCCCACAGCUCCCUUGGUUCCGCGGUGGGCACAGGAUGUGUUUGGGUAAGGUCAAACUCUGAACGUAUAAUCUCUUGGUAGUAAUAUCUGAGUGCUGUUGCUUCUCCUGCUUUUUAAAAAGACUUUUCGUGCCAUCUACAAAAAGCUUUUUUCUUUUUCCCAGCAUUGCUCCUGUGCUGCCACACUUGCCCUUUUUCCUUACCUUCCUUUCAAUUUUCUAUCAACGACUCCUCUAAACUUCAGUUUAAAAUAAAAAGCAGCCCAAAAAGGCUCUUUGCCACCAGGGGGCGUGGUAGGACAUGUUGCCAGUGGUCUGGGUAGGGGAGCAGAAAUUUUGAAUUUUAAAAAUUAGCCACCAAGGCCAGGUGCAGUCGCUCACACCUGUAAUCCCAGCACUUUGGGAAGCUGAGGCAGGAGGAUUUCUUGAGUCCAGGAGUUCAAGACCAGUCUGGGCAACAUAGUGAGAUCCCAUCUCUCAAAAAAAAUAAUAAUCUAGAAAAUAAAGAUUAGCCACCCAGUUUUCCUUCUCCAGAUGCUAAAGGUGAUUCCUGUUUGUUAACAGUAUUCCAGAAAUGAGGGGAAUAACGUAUGUGAUAGGCCCAAGUCAGGUCUGGAUAGUACAGUGUCUGGAUAGUGCAGAUUAUGUGCUCCUGGGACAGGCUUUGUUUAUUCCUGCCAGGCCAGGGAUUCAGCAGCGCUAUUCCCCAACCCCCCUUACUGUCUCUGUGGGCUAGCCAGGCUCUCCGUUAUGUAAGCACAGCAGGGGCAAGGUGGGGAAACCGUGUGUGAGAAAGGAAUGGAGUGGUGGCGGGUGGCUAGGAAGAGUGGGUAGCCAGAGACCACUGUUCAGAAGUUAACUCUUCUUCCCAUCUGGCAUGAGCUGCUCCACUGAAUGGUGCCAACAACAGUAAAGUGAAGGAGAUAAUGUUAGAUUAUUUUCAGGGAUGAUUCUCCAAGAUGACAGUAGAUCUUUUUUUUUUUUUUUUUUUUUUUUUUUUUGAGACGGAGUCUUUCUCUGUCCCCCAGGCUGGAGUGCGGUGGCGCGAUCUCGGCUCACCGCAACCUCCACCUCCUGGGUUCACGCCAUUCUCCUGCCUCAGCCUCCCGAGUAGCUGGGACCACAGGCGCCCGCCAACACGCCCGGCUAAUUUUUUUGUAUUUUUAGUAGAGACGGGGUUUCACCGUGUUAGCCAGGAUGGUCUCGAUCUCCUGACCUCGUGAUCCGCCCGCCUCGGCCUCCCAAAGUGCUGGGAUUACAGGCUUGAGCCACCGCGCCCGGCCGACAGUAGAUCUUAAAACCAAAGAGCUGGGUCCUGGAAGAAGGGAUCUUGGACUAUUAACUUCUGAUGGAAGGACCAGAGUGGGAGAGACAAGAGUUGGGGACCUAGAACAUCAGGAAGAUCCUGGGUCUUUGGGGAUGAGGCUUCACCAUCAGCUGGAACAAUCCAUGCUGCACACACGCGCCUCUGCCGUUAGUGGCACUGGGAUGUUUAGGGUGACAUCCUUGAGGGGAGAGCCACUGAAAAGAGGGACAUUCACAUUUUGCUGUAUUCUUGCAUGUCCAUGUCUUAAUAAUUCAAGCGUUCAAUAGAUGUUUGAGGGCCAGGCACUGCUCUUGAGGUGCUGGAGAUAUGGUGACAAGCCCAGGUCCCUGACAAGCUCCACAAGCUUAAUGGACAGUGAAUGUGCAGCUGUUCACAAGGCCGCUGGUGAGGGCAGGUAGAAGGAAGUGCAGACCUUCUUAAAUGCAGGUGUACCGGAUCUACAUGAAAGCGUAAUUAACACCAACGUAUACUGAAGGUAGUUAACGGCUUCUUCGUAAAGUAGCAAAACUAAGGAUCUGUGGGAAGGUUGCUGGUGCAGGUGCUUUAUAAGCUUACUAGAGACUCAGCCUUGGAUUUAGGACUUUAGACAAGAGUAUAGGAUGGAACAAAAUUUUUGCAGUAAAUGUAAAAAAUGCUGUGUAGGAGGUAGGCGUAUAAGGAUGCCCCAGCUGCAGGUUCUUUAGAUUGUCUGUAGUAUUUCCGUGAGUGAGUUGUUUUUGAUGUGUGUACUGGUAUUGCUGGUAGAUUUGAAGUGGAGUCUGGCGGCUUCUUCCACACUCCCCCCCCCACUAGCUUGUGUCAAGAUGUGACAUCCUGUACAGCAAAACUAGAUGAACUUGCACCCCCAGGCGGUGGCUCUCAACUUUGUCUCAUUGUUCAGAAAUUUCGGCCAGGCGCCAUAGCUCACCCCUGUAACCCCAGCACUUUGGGAGGCCAUGGCGGUCAGGAGUCCAAGACCAGCCUGGCCAACAUGGUGAAACCCCGUCUUUACUAAAAAUACAAAAAUUAGCCGGGUGUGGUGGCACGUGCCUGUAGUCCCAGCUACUCGGUCGACUGAGGCAGGAGAAUCACUUGAACCCAGGAGGCAGAGGUUGCAGUGAGCUGAGAUCAAGCCACUCCAGCCUGGGCAACAGACCAAGAGUCUGUCUUUAAAAAAAACACAAAUGUCAUCUAAGCCCCAGUGAACCUCCUGGGAGGAGAGCUAGCCCUGGCCAGCUGUCUCCAAAGUGACUGGAUGCUACAGAAGAACUGGGACUGUCUUCUGCACACCCGUGCCUCCUGGAGUUGUCAGAACACUGAGCAGUCUCCUAGUUCUGCGUCCAUCUAGCCAUGGGGUCUGCCAUGAAAGCCUAUGGAUCUGCCAUUGGGUUGGUAUUUUUAACUUUCACUUAGGUGAAACUUGUUCAUCAUUUUAAAUAAAGCAACAUGAUUUGGAGUUGUG